ACUACAGCAACAGAAGAACACAAUCAUAGUGAAUCAACAUAUCAUGUUAAUAAACAAAUUUCACAUUCAGCAGAAAUAUUGAGUCGACUUGAGCAGAUAGAGACAUCCAUAUCUUCUCUACAAGACGCCAAUGUCAAGUCUACAGAUGACAUAUCAGAAAUAAAACAAUGGAGAGACAAAUUUGUAACAGAACAGAGUGACAUGGGGGUAAACAUUGAACAACUGACUAAAAAGCAAAAGCAGAAUUUUAAAAACCUCAGAAAACAAAUGAGUGAACAAGAUAAUAAAGUAAACGAGCUGAACAAAGAAAUUGAUAGUUUAAAAGAAAAAGAAUACAAGUCCAACAAAACACUAGAGAGAUUGUCUCUAGAUAUAAAAGAAUAUAAAAACAAUGUACACAAAAUACAUAAAGAUAUGCAAGAUUACACAGACAAAAUAGACAGUAUAACACAAGAAAUUAAAAGACUUGCUGAUUUGAUGGCUGCCCUACACAAGGAGUGUGAUAAAAUCGUGUGUAAUACAUCAACUCAAUUAGAAAAGCUUGAAACUAUUGAAGAUACUAUUGCACUGUUGAACAAAGAUUUCAAUCUAUUAGAGUCACGUGUAUGUAACAGAUAUGCUUGUAAUGUACAGCUUGCUAGACCCACACCUGUCAGUGCUGGAUCAGUUAUUUCAACAUUUGAUGAAGUACGUGAAUAUAACGGUCAACAUUUUAAUCAAACAACAGGAAAAUUUGUAUCACCACAUGAUGGUUUAUAUCUUGUCUGUGUCACUCUACAUGAAUUGGGAGAUAAACAUAUUCAAGUUGCUGUGGUGGCUGGAGGCGUGUGGUGUACGUCUAUAGAAGUGAAAUGUGCCGACACUAACGCUGGUGGGUCCGUGGCUGUUGACAUGAAGAAAGGUCAAGAACUUUUCUUGUUUGUAAUUCACGCAGAUCCAGGGGCAACGCUAUCCGGCUACAGUAGUUUUACUAUCGAGCACAAACGUAUUUGA